GUUAGCUGGCGUGGGGUGCGCCGCUGGGUGGGAAGCAGGGCAGUGGGCCUGGGCUGACAUCUUAUCUGCAAACUCAAAAGAGAGGUGUCAUUUCGUAGUCAAUGAUGCCCCAGUUCAGUUGACUCUGGUAGGGUACAUGGAACAAACUUUAGGCCAAGGGUUACUAGUUCACUAUGGUAUUGUAAAAUCUCCUUUGGACCGAUCAGUUUUCGAUAGCGCACAGACCUCCGUAUACUUGACUUGCUAAAAUAUGUAUACUGUUACUACGGCCACCUGUAUGUUUCAGGGUCUCCAUCAUUCUGUAUAAAUUCUCAGAUUUAAUAGGCAUGUCAGACAUAGCUAAGGAUAAGGCAGCGCGCCUGUUAAAGAAAAGAGGCAGCGUAUCCUCUCUAAGCAGCCAUGAAGUCAGAGCAAAAGAAAUCCUUGGAAAAAACAAAGACUCCAUGAGUACAGUGUCUUAUAUGGAUGAACCUGGCCAUGAUAUUCCUCGUCUUGCCAUUCAGUUGGAGAACACUUAUCAGCUGGGUCCUGCAAAACGUUUUCCCGUGGUCACAGUAAAUAAUAUUUUGAAGGAUGUGCUGACUAAUUAUCUUCAAGAAGAAAAAUAUGAAGCAGAGCUAUGCAGACAAAUGACAAAGACCAUCUCUGAGGUUAUUAAGGCUCGGGUAAAAGACCUUAUGAUACCAAGGUACAAAAUUAUUGUGAUUGUACAUAUUGGACAACUAAAUGAACAGAGCAUGCGAAUUGGAAGCAGAUGCGUUUGGGAUCCUGCAAGUGAUACAUUUUCAUCGUAUGUUUUCAAAAAUACCUCACUAUUUGCUCUUGCAAAUGUCUAUGCUGUUUAUUUUGAAUAAUGAAAAGCUCUAGUUUAUUAGUGGAAGAAAAAUAUCUAACUUAUCAUGUUUAUAUUGUAGAAAAACUGUUAGAAGACAGGUUUCAGUGGUAGCCGUGUUAGUCUGUAUCAGCAAAAAAAAUGAGGCGUCCUUGUGGCACCUUAGAGACUAACAAAUUUAUUUGGGCAUAAGCUUUCAUGGGCUAGAACCCACUUCAUCAGA